UUCAUUUUCUUAUGUUAUAAAACGAGAUAGAUAAAAUGAGAUACUUAAUUUAAAACGCGAGCGUAUAUGUCACCUCUUAUAUAAAAUUCGAAAAGGGCGCGAAAGAAUGCAAUUAAGAGCAACAGGUGCAGUAUCGCCGCGUCGCGGCGCGACGGGUAGCGCGUGAAGUCGGUCGCGCAAUUUCCAAAUUAAAUCGGCAAUUGACUCGGUUGAAGAUUCGUCCAUUAUGCAUAUUUGCGAGACGCGCGAGUGUCGAGAUCGAAUCGUAGGCAUCCUCAUUCUUCCGUCGCAGUGUAAUAAAGUAGACCUCGUGAUUUAACAUCGGGAGUGCCGAGUGCAAAGUGUCGAGUGAUUUGUAUUUUUGUUAUUAAUGCGCGCUCAAUUGUAAUUCACCCCGCGCGAUUUUUCCUCUGCCGUUCGAGACUCGUUCGUUACGCUAAUUUGCGCGAUGCGCGGGUAUCGAAUGAAUUGUAGUUUCAUAUAUUUCUCGCGCUAUUCUUCCGUCGUAAUGUAAUAAAGUGGAUCUCGCGAUUUAAUGCUGGGAGUGCCGUGCAAUGCGUCGCGCGAUCGCGCAUUUUCGUUAUUAAUGCACGCUCAAUUAUAAUUAAUCUCGCACCAUUUUUCCUCUUCCGUUCGAGAUUCGUUCGUUACGCUAAUUGGCGAGAUGCAUGGAUCGCGUGGAUUGCAGCUUCAUAUUUUUCCUGCGUUAUAUUUUCGUCGCAGUGUAAUAAAGUAGACUUCGCGAUUUAACGUCGGAAGUGCUGUAUAAAGCGUCGCGCGAUCAUAUUUCCGAUAUUGAGAUAGCAGGAAUAAGAUAGAAGGAACAAGAGAGGAAGGAAGGGCAUCAAAUGAUGUGGCUGAGCAAUUAUAAGGGCAGAUGAAUGAAGAGGAGCACGAGAGGAACAGAAGGUAUCAGCUGAUGCAAUGGAGCAACUAUGGAGUGAAUAUCUGGGUGGACAAGGCGUACGAUGCUUAGGGAUGCUUGGACGAACGACGGUGGGAAAGGCUGGUGGCGAUGGUGGUCCAGGUUGGGCGGAUUGCUGGCGAUGGCGGCAGCCAUAUCCUGUCUCGUUGCCCCGUUUCCGGGCGCCUCGGCCAAUCCGGAAGCGAAGCGUCUCUACGAUGACCUGCUGUCGAACUACAACCGCCUCAUCCGCCCUGUUGGCAACAACAGCGAUCGCCUCACUGUCAAAAUGGGACUACGCCUCUCCCAGCUCAUCGACGUCAACCUGAAGAACCAGAUCAUGACGACAAAUGUUUGGGUGGAACAAGAGUGGAACGAUUACAAGCUGAAGUGGAAUCCGGACGAUUAUGGCGGCGUCGACACCCUUCACGUACCAUCGGAACACAUAUGGUUACCUGACAUUGUUCUUUACAACAAUGCCGACGGUAAUUAUGAGGUAACCAUCAUGACGAAGGCGAUUUUGCACCAUACGGGGAAGGUCGUGUGGAAGCCACCGGCAAUCUAUAAAUCAUUUUGUGAGAUCGACGUGGAAUACUUUCCCUUCGACCAGCAGACUUGUUUUAUGAAGUUUGGUUCGUGGACUUACGACGGUUACACGGUCGACCUGCGGCAUCUUCUGCAGACCGAGGAUUCGAAUAAAAUCGAUGUCGGCAUCGACCUGACCGAUUAUUAUAUCUCCGUCGAGUGGGACAUCAUAAAAGUGCCUGCCGUGAGGAACGAGGCGUUCUACAUAUGCUGCGAGGAGCCCUACCCCGACAUCGUGUUCAACAUCACCCUGCGCCGCAAGACCCUCUUCUACACGGUGAAUCUGAUAAUACCGUGCGUGGGCAUAUCCUUCCUGUCGGUGCUGGUGUUCUACCUGCCGAGCGACAGCGGCGAGAAGGUCUCGCUGUCGAUCUCGAUUCUGCUAUCGUUGACGGUGUUUUUCCUGCUGUUGGCCGAGAUAAUACCGCCCACGUCGUUGACGGUGCCGCUUCUGGGCAAAUACCUGCUCUUCACGAUGGUGCUGGUGACGCUGUCGGUGGUCGUCACGAUAGCCGUGCUGAACGUCAACUUUCGCUCGCCCGUGACCCACCGCAUGUCCAACUGGGUGCGGGUGGUGUUCAUCCAGGUGCUGCCGCGGUUCCUCCUCAUUCAGCGGCCGAAGAAGGAUGACGACGACGAUGAGGACGAGGGUAGGAACGGCGCGGGUCGUGGCGCGGACGAUGACGCCGACGACGACGGUGCCGACGACGAGGACGACGACGACGAUGACGAUGACGACGAGGACGAUGUCGAGGCGGCGAACGGCAAGCCGCCCGAGGGCAUCCUCACCGAUGUGUUCCAUGUACCAGAGACUGAUAAGUACGAUACGUACUACGGCAAGAGGUUCAGCGGAGAGUACGAGGUACCGCCGCACGGUCUGCCGCCGCCGGCUACGAGGUACGACCUCGGCGCCGUCGGCACCGUCGGCACCGUCGCACCCUGCUUCGAGGAGCCCCUACCCUCGCUGCCACUGCCGGGGGCGGACGACGAUCUCUUCGGGCCAGCUAGUCCCGGAUAUGCUCACGAGGACGUCAGCCCCACCUUCGAGAAGCCGUUGGUACGCGAGAUCGAGAAGACUAUCGACGACGCUCGCUUUAUCGCUCAGCACGCCAAGAACAAGGACAAAUUCGAGAGCGUGGAGGAGGAUUGGAAGUACGUCGCGAUGGUGCUCGAUCGGAUCUUCCUUUGGAUCUUCACGCUGGCCUGCGUUCUUGGCACGGCGUUGAUUAUCUUGCAAGCGCCGAGCCUCUACGAUACGACGAAGCCGAUCGACAUCAAAUAUAGUAAGAUUGCUAAGAAGAAGAUGAUGCUAAUGAACAUGGGCCCCGAGGAGGACUAGUCGACGAUCCCGCGCGGCCACGUGCCGCGUCCACAGUGUCGGCCGCCUAAUCGCCGACGACGGCGUCGUCCACGUCAUUACCAUCGCCGUCGUCGACGUCGCCGCCGCCGCCGCCGCCGCCGUUGUCGUCGUCGCCGUCGUCGUCGUCGUCGUCGUCGUCGUCGUCGUCGUCGUCGUCAUCGUUGUCGUUGUCGUCGUUCCCCGCGGCCGCCCAUCAUCGAAACUGCCGAUUUUCGCGUCGACGUGGAAGAGGACCCUCUCUCGAACUCACGUUGGUGCCAAAGAUACGUGGUCCCGGACGGAUGACACCAAGAAGAUGGACACGCAAGUGAGGGGAUCAAGCGAUGCGACGAGCGGAUCACGAACGAAUGAAAUUUUGCCGGGUAAAUCCGUGAAAUGGGAUACUGUAACCCUCUUCGAAGAGGGUAGAUCGGUUGAACUUUGGUCCGAUCACCCUUCGGGAUGGAGAUAAGAUAAGGGCGUGCGACCGCAUGGUACACGAGAGUAAGAGAGCUUUCGUGACAGAGUGAGAUAAAGUGAGAUAGAGCGCGCAUGUGUAUGCGUGUGUGUGUUUGCGUAUGCAUGUUGGAGAGGAAACCGAAGGAAGUAAGGAAAGACGGAACGUCAAAAGGAACGAUGGAGAAAAUGGGUGUGAAAAUGGAUGCGAAAGAGAGACAGAACAAGCGAGAGUUUGGAUGAAAGAGAGAGAAAAAGAGAGAGAGAGAGAGAGAGAGAGAGAGAGAGGAGGAGAAAAAGAGAGAGAGAGAGAGAGAGAGAGAGGUGAAAAAGUGCCAAAUACGCGAAAAACACGCGCACCGUAUUUUUGUAAAUCUGGUUUCAUACGUAAGGCUAGAGUCGUGCGGCGAGACGUCGAACUGCCCGAACUGCCGAUUUUAUAUAAGAAGACGUUUACAGCGCGCGAGGAGAUGCGUGGUACACCGAGGUACCGAUUUCACACGCAUUUACAUCUAUACUUACAUACAUAUAUAAUACAUUACACACGCGUUUGGCGUACAUACAUACUGUACACGUACAUAUACCAUUUACCGUACAUAUACCGGUAUCAAUGUCACUCACGCGGUAUACUUAUAUAUAAACGUAUGGACACGCGCGUGCAUCUUUCGGCGCAUUUCGUGGAGCACACGCGCGAAAACAUUUUCACGCACGCGUUCGCGUUGACAUGGCGAAGGAGAAUCUCUAUGCGCUUUAAAGAAAGUUUUUUCGGAGAAAUUCUCAUCCCUCUCGCAGGAUUUUACAGAUUUUUCUGCAAACUUUCUCAUUUAUAUCCUGCAAAUUUAAUACCUUUCAUAUUUCAACGUGUCUCAAAUAUUCCCAAAAUUAUGUACUUUUGCUACAAAAUAUCCGAAAAUUUACUCACGCGGAGAUCCAUCUAUGGUCGGUCGACGAGAUGACAGUCUGGAACAUUGCAUCUCGAUCGAUCUGCCGAUUCAUUUUUCCACGGUAUCAUCGGCGUUCUUCUCUCGAAUAAUGAUCGCCACUUGAUACGGAUAUCGAUGUGCCCUUAUCGACGCGAUUCGAGUAAUUUAGAGCGGCAAAUUAUCGAGGCAAAUUAUCCAAUUGAUCGAUUAUUCCGACGUAUCGAGUGGCCCGGACAGCAUUCAAGCAGCUAACGAGAACGGCACGACUACCGGGAAUAAUUGAUUGGCAAAAUAAUUUUCGCGAAGCAUAUCCGCUCGUCGGCUUGUCCCAUAAUUAAUGUCAUUGAUUAAUGGCGAUCUCUGGAAUGGAUCGUCGCUCGCGUUUAGGCACUCGUCCCCCUUUGCGUAAAACGCGCGCAUAUCCGAAGAUCAGGGGACGAGAGGGGUCGAAAGUCACAGGAGACAGGAGCAAACAUAAAUUGAGCGACAACCAUGCCAACAACUGCCAAUUUUUAGACGCGCUCGGUCUUUGUCUGAACUACUUGGUCGGCUUGUGUAACAAGAGACGAUAUAAGUGCGGCGUCGGUGGGAUAAUACGACGAUCGAAUAGAUCAGAUGAAUAGGUCGGAUGAAAGCGAUAGGGUUCACCAGCGUGCCAAAAAGCGGUUUCGGCCACGAGCCAGCUCGCCCAUGUGUCGGCACGAAUUCGAUCGAAGAAUGAUUGUUGCCUUUUCUCUCGGUCCUUCUUUAUUUUCGAGAAAAGAGCUCGUCCUAAAAAGUCUCGCGACUGUCUUACGAUUAAAAGAAAUAAAACCAGGAAUCGAUUGUGUCGAUAACGAUUCGUAUGAUCGUCGGAACAAAUAAUCACGUCGUGCAUAAAGAAUCGCAAUGAUCAUCUGUUGAUAUAUUAAUAAUGUUUAUUCCAUAUUAAUAUCGAUAUUUAUUUUGAGGGUGGAAAAUUCACGUGUAAAUUUUUGUCAAAAGAUAUUUUUUUUCAAUCAAGUAAUUUACACGUUAAUUAAUUUUUAUUGCAUUAAUAUAAAAAAAAAACUUAAUUAAGAGCGAAAUACGCGAUUAAUUAUUAAUAACGACAUUGAAAAAGCCACAGGCUCUCGAAAAGAUAUGAAUUGACGUUCGUUUACGUGACGUCGUACGUUAAUUAUCGGCUUAAAAGAGUAUCUCUAUAUUAUCGUCAUAAAAAGAAAUUUAAUCUUGUAUAAAAUUCAGCCGUAAAGCACGAGGGUUCAAGUUGGCUCAUUCAAAGCGCGAGUAUCAAUCGUGAUUCAUUUCGUUCAUUUCUUUUUCGACUUUCUUUCAUCAAUUAGGCAACGCUGCCUAUUAUUUCUUCUUUCUAUCAUAUAUAUAUAUAUAUAUAAAAUACAUCGCGAUACAAUCGAUAUUUGCAAAAAUAAAUAAGAGAAGAAAAGCAAAAAAAGAGAUAUAGAGAGAGAAGGAGAAAGGAAGAGGAAGUGGAGACGCAAGAAAGCUCUCGAUGUGUUUGCUAUCGUCGCGAUUUGCCGGCAUAGUCACGUCGAGAGCGUUCCGUCGUUAAGGGAGAGGGGGUGUUAACAGAAGCCGAGAUGACGAGGCAGGAACCGCGGAACACGAGAAGGAUACCAAGGAUGAGGAUCCACGGUAAGAACGCGACAGAAGUUAAAGAUGACACGGUUUCGGAUAGUUUUACUUCGUUAGAGAGAAGAAGAAGCGAAAGAGGGAUGGGGAGGGAGAUGGGAGAGGAGACAGGACGUAAUUAGAGCCGCUGGAGAUUAAACACACACGAGCGCACGCACGUAUACAUACACAUAUUUACACAUAUUUGGCGUACGCGCUUGACACAUACUCAUAAACACACGAGAAUACAUACUUUGUCUAAACAUCUAUACACACACACACACACACACACACACACACGUAUACAUACAUACGUACGUACACAUUGUUUAUACGCCGACGAGGAACGAGAGGGGGCUUGGGUCGAGAAGAGCGUUAGAACGCUCGCGUGACCCCUGCCCGGCGAUAUAAUAAUCAAUUUAUUUGCUCACGUAAAAGGUAACGGUAUAAUAUAUUUCAUAUAUGUGCAUAAUAGGUGUAAAGAGAUUGAUUACAUUAAUUAAUUAAUUGUACAAUCUGCGUGCGAGCAAAUGAGAGAGAGAGAGAGAGAGAGAGAGAGAGAGAGAGAGAGAGAGAGAGAGAAAAGAGGGACAUUUCAUUUCGCCAAGUCGCGCGAGGCGGCAGUGCUUGUUGACGUUGUGACAAGUGUGACGAGAAGGCUUUGGUGUGUCUCGCUGUCGCGUCAUACGGAUCGUCGGAUAGGCAAGAUACACGUGUCUUUGUGUGGAA